AUGAACGUCACAGAGAAUCCCGUUUGGGCGUUCCUUUUUUUUCCCCCCCCCUCUCCUAACCUUUCCCUCAUUAAUCUCUACCUUUCUAUCUUUCUUUCAUAUGUGCACGAAGGGAUUAUUGCGGUUUCCGCCUACGCCAAUCACAGGGCGACGGCGUAUGCAUUCCCUCCCUUCCUCCCGCGAUCAAAUGUUCCCUCUAUCUUCAGACUUUCUCCUCUCAAGAUAAACGCCUUGUUUCCCCCCCCCCUUUUUUUUAAAAAAAAAGAAAACUCCCGUUUCUUCUCUCCCUCUUUUCGCACUGAUGCUCAUUUUCCCGCAUGCCGCGCCAACUCCGAGGGAUCAUUUUCCUUUUCUUUCUGUUUUUAUACUUUCUCCUCUCAUCUCCUUCCCCUCCCCCUUACCGUCACAACAUUCCCAAAUUAA